AUGGCAUCCAUCACUUCGAAGCCCGUGCUUGUUACACUGAGGCAGCUAUUAUCCGAACUUCGUAGGCAGAGUCCAACGAAGAAGUUAGCUGAAAAUCAAAUGGUGAGGUACAUAUUUGACCAGUACCGUAAAUACCAGACCACAGAUCAGCAAUUGUGUAAGGCUAUUGAUGAAAUGCACUUCCGAGCAAGAACUUAUCAUAAUUAUUUGCAUCACUCGAGGAAAUAUAAAGAACUCAACACUGAGUUUAAAGGAAAGGGUGAGAGAAGUAUUGAAGAGACAGCAAAUAUGGUCGGAUUUAAGCUGCCUCAUGACCCGAAGCCAUAAUCUAAUUUCCAAACUACUAUUGUUAAAUUAUUAGUAUUCAUGUUUGUAAAUAAAAUUUGUGAAUGUUCUUGCA